UACGCAAAACGGAGAGACGUGAUUGGCUAAAGCGUUUGUUGUGUCUUUACGUCACGUCCUGCACUAGCACCACUUCACAGUGAAAGGAAAGCUGUUGUUGAGUUGUUCAGUGUUGUUUUAUUAUUGCCGCGGUGCUGCUGUCAAGCAUAUAAACAACUAACAUGUUCUCCUUCAACAUGUUUGAGCCCCACGUGGGUCGGGUCUUCCAGAACCGUUUCUCCACACAGUACCGCUGUUACUCUGUGUCCAUGCUGGCAGGGCCCAAUGACCGCUCAGAUGUGGAGAAAGGAGGAAAAAUUAUAAUGCCUCCUUCUGCUCUGGACCAGCUCAGCAGACUUAACAUCACAUACCCUAUGCUGUUCAAACUCACCAACAAGAAUUCAGACAGAAUGACUCACUGUGGAGUUCUGGAGUUUGUGGCAGAUGAAGGCAUCUGUUAUCUCCCCCACUGGAUGAUGCAGAACUUGUUGUUGGAGGAGGGUGGUUUGGUCCAAGUGGAGAGCGUCAAUCUCAUGGUGGCCACAUACUCCAAAUUUCAGCCCCAGAGUCCAGACUUCCUUGAUAUCACAAACCCCAAAGCUGUGUUGGAAAAUGCAUUGAGGAAUUUUGCCUGUUUGACCAAAGGAGAUGUAAUCGCUAUCAACUAUAAUGAAAAAAUCUACGAAUUACGGGUCAUGGAGACCAAACCGGACAAGGCUGUGUCCAUCAUUGAGUGUGAUAUGAACGUGGACUUUGAUGCUCCCCUUGGUUAUAAAGAACCAGAGAGACACAUGCCGCAUCGUGAAGAACCAGCUGAGGAGGAGACAGAUCCCAGUAACUAUGAGAUGGACUUGGGCUUCCGAGCGUUUACAGGCUCUGGAAAUCGUCUAGACGGAAAGAAAAAAGGCAUUGAGCCCAGUCCAGCACCCAUUGAUCCUAACGACAUCAAACGUGGAAUUCCAAACUAUGAUUUCAAAAUGGGAAAGCUCACCUUCAUUCGUAACUCAAGACAACAGCCACGCAGAACAGAGAUGGAUGAAUCUGCCAGUAACUUCAUUGCAUUUUCUGGUGAAGGACAGUCUCUGCGAAAGAAAGGCCGAAAACCCUGAACACACAUCACUAACUUAAAAAAUGUUUUUGAAUUACCAUGUAAAAAAAGUGAGAUACUCAAGAUGGACUGUUGUUUGAUGACAUACACCUGGAUUUUCUUAUGGACCUUAAAUUUAUGUCAUUUUUGAAAAGAAAAGUGUUAUAAACGUUAUUUUGCAACUGGCUUGACAGAUUGCAUCUCUUUCAAGGUUUUCAAGAUCUUAGGAAAUGACCAAACCCUCUCUUUAUUAUUUCUAUGCAUAUUUCUUCAAAUACUUUAAAUAAAGAUUACCCUACAAUUUA